AUAUUUGUUUAAUUAACUUCUGUAUCGACUCCUUGCAGGUGUGAGUCACUGACUCAUGACAAAUGCAAAAUGUGGGCACCGGGCAAUGGUCGGGUGAGAUGUGUUUGUCCGAACUGAUGUAAAUAGCAUGCAUUAUCCCUGGGAGUUUGAGCACAAAACAGAAAGAUAUUGAUUGUGAGAGAGAUGGAGGAAGAGGGAGGAAGAGAAAGCAGGUGGGUGGGGCAAGCGACGAGAGAAGAAGAAUCAUCAGAGCAAGAAGAAGAAGACGAAAGGGAAGAGGAAGAGGAGGAAACGCAUUCGUGGUGUAAUGGGGGAGAGGGGGACUCAGACAGCGGAGAGAGUGGAAUGGAGCAGCGCCUCAUCAGAACAGAGCCCAUUUUGGAUUCUUUCGACGUCGAAGCGAUGGAGGUGCCCGGUGCACAUAGGUUCAAUUCUAAGGAUCUUUCAAUGGGACAUACCCUACGACUGGCCUUUCAGACACUUGGAGUGGUCUUUGGAGAUGUUGGAACCAGUCCCUUGUAUGUUUUUAGUGGAGUCUUCAUUGAGAUUUCUGAACCCACAAAGGAUGAUGUUCUGGGGGCAUUGUCGUUAAUUUUGUACAGUUUGGUUCUUAUUCCGUUGAUUAAAUAUGCUUUCAUUGUACUACGAGCCAAUGAUAAUGGUGAAGGUGGCACGUUUGCAUUAUAUUCUUUAAUAUGCAGGUAUGCCAAGGUGAGUUUGCUACCAAACCAGCAGCCAGCAGAUGCAUAUAUUUCAACUUUUAAGCUCAAGCUGCCUACACCAGAGCUAGAAAGAGCCUUGAUCAUCAAGGAAUGCUUAGAAAAAUACUCAAUAUUGAAAACUUUGUUGCUGAUUUUAGUUCUUAUUGGUUCUUCUAUGCUAGUAGUUGAUGGGAUCCUCACCCCUGCAGUUUCAGUCAUGUCAGCUAUGCGUGGCCUGAAAGAGCCAGUACCUGAUUUUAGUGAAGAUGUAGUCUUGAUGGCGUCAAUUGCUUUUCUUGUUAUCUUAUUCAGCAUACAAAGGUUCGGCACAAGCAAAGUGGGAGUUGCAUUUGGCCCGGCUUUGUUCAUAUGGUUCCUUUCUCUUGGCGCAAUAGGGUUGUACAAUAUUCUCUCAUAUGACAAGAGUGUUUUCAGAGCGUUGAAUCCACUUUAUAUCUAUUACUUUUUUGAGAGGAAUCCAUCUCAGGCAUGGUUAUCUCUUGGAGGCUGCAUGCUGUGCAUAACUGGAGCUGAAGCAAUGUUUGCUGAUUUGGGUCACUUCUCUGUACGGUCAAUCCAGAUAGCCUUCACAUGUUUGGUGUUCCCAUGUUUACUACUGGCAUACAUGGGUCAAGCUGCAUUUCUUAUUAAAAAUCCAAGUAGGGCCGGAGAGGCAUUUUAUGCAUCAGUUCCAGCUGGUGCAUUCUGGCCAGUUCUUGUACUGGCUACUUUUGCUGCCAUGAUUGCAAGUCAGUCUAUGAUUUCAGCAACAUUUUCAUGUAUCAAACAGUCAAUGGCUCUUGGUUGCUUUCCCAGACUUAAGAUCAUACACACCUCAAAGCGUUUCAUGGGUCAGAUCUACAUUCCAAUUGUAAACUGGUUCCUGAUGACUUUUUGUAUUCUUGUAGCUGUCACCUUCAAAUCCACAAGCAAAAUAGGAAAUGCAUAUGGUAUUGCUGAGGUGGGAGUAAUGAUGGUGACAACCGUUUUAGUAGCAAUUAUCAUGGUGUUGAUAUGGCAAACCAAUGUAUUCUUGGCACUUUCUUUCCUGGUUUUAUUUUUAGCCAUUGAACUAAUCUAUUUCAUUGCAGUUUUGAUAAGAGUGGGUGAUGGAAGUUGGUUUCCAUUGGUUUUCGCUAGUGUUAUUCUCCUUGUGAUGUAUAUUUGGAACUAUGGAAGUGUCCUGAAGUAUCAAAGUGAAGUGCAGACUAAAGUCUCAAUGGAUUUGAUGCUAGAACUAGGUUCCAAUCUUGGUACAAUAAGAGUUCCAGGAAUUGGGUUGGUCUAUAAUGAACUUGUUCAUGGAGUUCCUGCAAUAUUUGGGCAUUUUAUAACAAGUCUUCCUGCUAUACAUUCCACCAUAAUCUUCGUAUGUAUAAAGUACAUUCCGGUUCCUUUUGUCAGCCAGAGUCAGCGCUUUCUAUUCAGACGAGUUUGUCCAAAAAAUUACCAUAUGUUUCGCUGUAUUGCAAGGUAUGGUUACAAGGAUUUCCACAAGGAAGAUCAUCAGGCUUUUGAACAACUCCUUAUUGAAAGCAUAGAGAAGUUUAUCCGUAGAGAGGCUGAUGAACUCUCUCUUGAGAGUGGUGAUGAUUAUAAUCUAGAAUCAGAAGAUGAAGCUAAAGACCCUAGAUCAGCAGGAGCUUCUAAUGGAAGCAUUGACUCCCUUGAGGCACCCCUAAUGGCUGGUUACAGGAAGUCGAGUCAAUACUUUGCUCAUCAAGAGUCACAGCAGGAAGCUAGUACAUCAUCAGGGUUGCCUCCGAGUGUUAUGUCUACUGAUGAUCAAAGUCUAGAGUAUGAGCUUUCAAUAAUAAACAGGGCUAAAGAAUCUGGAGUUGUUUACCUUUUAGGUCACGGGGAUAUCAGGGCUAGAAAAGAUUCUUGGUUUUUCAAGAAGCUGGUUAUAAAUUAUUUCUAUGCCUUCUUGAGAAAAAACUGCAGAGCAGGCAUUGCAACUCUCAGUGUUCCUCACACCAAUCUUCUGCAAGUUGGCAUGACACACAUGGUUUGAAAUGCUUAAUACCGUGAAUUCUAAUUUUUGCCUAGAGAGAUGAGAAAAGGAAUGCCGCUGCACAGGAUGUAAAAGAGAGAGGAAGAACAAAAUGUGCUGGUAUACAAAUUGCAAUGCAAUUUCUAAUUGCACAUCCUGUUUGCAGGUGAAGCUACAGCCGCAGAAAACACAUCUAGCUGGAUUUAUAUGGAAGUCUGUGGAAAUUCAAGAUGACAAGUAUGCAACCUGUGCUACUUGUGAUAUAAUCAUAUUAAUAUUAAUCCAAGUAUUGAGUGACAUUCUAAUUCUUCUGUUCUCCAAAUGCUUCAUGCUGCAAAUGACAGCCUGAACAGCUAUAUCUUACCUGUCCUUGAGGUUUUCUUUCAGUUGAAUGUCAUGGCAGAAGUUCUACAUAUAAAUGCAAUCAAUUUAAUUUACCAUUUUGAAAAUCACA